AUGGACAUUUGCGACGACGUCAGCGCCAAGACAACGACCCCGACUAUCCUUCAGGGCUUCGUCCUGUCCGACGCUCGGGAUAUCCUGCAGGAAAACGUCUACGUCAUUUUGGGCCACGGCAAGUUCCAGAGGCAAGUGCUGAACUGUGCCGUUUUCUCCGUGAUCGUGCUGCUCCUCCACGCGUUCGCCUACCGCAUCAUCGGCCGUCCCGUGGACCACUGGUGCCGACAGCCCGACAAUCUGCACGAUUUCACGGUUCAGGAGUGGAAGAACGUCGCGAUUCCCGUGCUGGCCGAUGGCAGCUACAGCAAGUGCAGCGUCUACGACCCGCCGGUUCCGGACGGGAGCCAAGAGGAACGCCGGACGGUUCCUUGCGACCAGUGGGACUACGACAUCAAGAACAAGGAAGACGACGUCAUCAGCCGCUGGGACCUGGUAUGCCAGUACAGCUGGCUCUAUUCCCUCUCCUCGUCCGUCUACAUGCUGGGCCCGAUGCUGUUGGUGCCACUAGCCGGCUUCGUUUCGGACCGCUUUGGACGCAGGCCGACCAUGAUGGCGAGCGCCAUCACCAUGCUCUUCUCCUGCCUCGGUGCUGGCUCUUCGCGCUCCUUCGGCGUGUUUCUGGUUGCCCGCUUCAUGGUCUCGGCCGCCGCCAGCGCCACCAACUUGCUCGUAUUCGUCGUGCUCUACGAGGCGCUCGUGGUCGCCUGGUGCUACUGCAUAGACGAGUCCCCCGUCUGGCUUCUGGCUGUCGGCAAUGUUCAGCAAGCGGAACUGACCAUCCUGCAAGGGGCCAGAUACAACGGCGUCGACCUAGGGAAGGCAAGGGUUACUUUCAAGGCCUUCAGGAAACAACUAGAGCGGCUGGAAAUGGCCGCCUCUGCGGGACCCGCCGAGUGCGGCGGAACCAAUAGCACGGAGAGUGUGGGGCGCGUCGUCAAGUGGCGCAGACAAGUCGCGUCGGUGCUCCUGUCGUGGUUCGCCGUUUCGCUCGCCUACUACGGCACAGCCUUCCUUUCCUUGUACUUGGAGGAGCACUGGGAGUUGACGGGUCUCCUGCUCAAGGCGCUGCUGUUCGUCACUGUCCACGACAGCAUCACCAGGCGGGGCCAGAGGGUGACGCUGUCCGGCCUACUGCUGUUCCUCUGCGCGUCGAGCGUCGUGAAGACGGCCGUCGUCAUGUCGGACGUGAGCGUUGCCAUUCCGCUGCUGAGUAUAAUGGUCGAGGGCAGCUCGGCUGCCUCCUGGUGCGUCACCUGCAUGUACACCACGGAAGUUUUUCCUACCACAACGCGGGGCACGGGGUUGUCCGUGUCGUACUCGGUGGGCCGCGUGGGGGUCAUCCUGGCUACCUGGCUGACUUACGUCGCCUUCCACGGGGUCCCGCUGUGGCUGAACGCAGUGACGACGGUUGUGGUUUUCGUGAGCGCGCUGGCGAUCCAGUGGCUUCCCGAAAUACUCGUGCAGAAGGGGAGGAAUAAGGGCGAAUCGACGCCUCCUAAACCGGCGGUAGAGGAGCAGCGGGAGGAAGACACCAAGGCGACCUUGGCCCAUGAACGAAGAUCCGGCAAGAACGAAGGUGGCGGCGGUAGCCCGAGAAGGUCGUCACCCUCGAAGUCGAACACUCCGCGAGCAGAAGUCGUGACGCAGCCUUCCGCAAAAGCGACGCUUUCGAGGGGCUCGCCGCCCCAAGAGCGCGCGGCUUCGACGCCUAGACGACGGUCCACGCCUCCCAAACCGGCGAUAGAGGAGCAGCGGGAGGCAAACAUCAAGGCGACUCUGACUCAAGAACGAGGGUACCUCAAGAACGAAGGCGGCGGCAGUAGCCCGAAACAAUCGACGCCCUCGAAGUCGCAGCCGAGCACUCCGCAGGCAGAGGUCGUGACGCAGCCUUCGCCAAAAGCGUCGCCGUCGCCCUCUGGGGGCUUGCCGCAGCGAGAGCGUGCGGCUUCGACACCUAUACGUCGGCAGCGCACGCCCACUAAUGGCAAGAAGAGUCCGAAACGUCGCAAAGCUCGCUCAAGCUCUCCGUUGCCAUCGAGGCAGGCUAAAUCGUGACCCAGACGCGUUUCUGUCAGUAGUUUAGACAAGAGAGGUUUCGCUGUGACAUUAUUCUCAUUAUUCCUCUUGCGCUCUUGAACACUUUACACGAAUGUCCUGCAAUUAAACGUUUCGAUAAAGGCUUCACUGCAGUUUAAUUUUGAUUCAUUUUUGGCCACGGAUUCUAGGGCCUGUAUGGUGUUGUGUCGCGUUAGAGAUUCCAGCUAAGCACAUGUUAACAUAGCCCCGUCUAACUUAGCGAGAUGUGCGGGACAUGUGCCCAACGUUGC